GUGUAUGUGUUAUACAUACAUGUGAUGGCCUUAACCUAACUGUUGUUUCUUGGUUAUCUAGGACUCUAUUGCAAAGUUCAGUGCUUACUCAAAUUAAAUAUGGCUUCUUGGACGCAAACAUGACUUGUUGAAAAUGAAUAAGAAUAAGCAAGUUGUCGUUGAUUCAGCUACGCGCAAGUUAUCCACUGUAUUAUUCCUCGUCGAACGUGACUCUACUUAAUCGACUCUUAACUGUUGGUUGUUGAGUAUUGAAUACGUGAUCAUGAAUAACGAAAACGAUCGUGACAUGGAGAACAAUCGAGUGGUUCCGUCCUCAUCCGAGACAGAUUUUGCGAAUUUUCGUCCGCAAAAGGAGCUGGUAUACAAUAAAUUUUUGCCCUACACAAAUGAGCUUGAUGCGGAAUCGCGAAUAUGGCUUGCCGAAAUCAAGGGAAACUUGGGACGUGCUGUCAUGUUACGUGAACUUAUUCCAGGAUGCGUGUUUUGGUCAAGCAAAUUGAAUUUGUAAGCGAUAAAAUUCCGUUUUUAAUAUCUAGAGGUUCUUUGCAGUAUAUGGUAUUUAAAAAAAA